CUUGCUUAUCCUGCUCACCUCUUCUCGGGGGGGUGUGUGCGUGUUGCUGUCGCCUCUUUAGCAUCCUGACGCUAGCUUAAAAGCAAACAUUUGCGUUCCUGUCAGCCAUUGCAACCUGAGUGCUCUUCUGCAGGACUCCCCGCCGUUCAUUUGCCGUGUUUUGGAUCAUCACCGUGACAACGGGAAGUGCAAUGGGACAGCUGGAGGUGACCCGUCAUCAGCUCGACAUCACAGCUAUCCAGCCACCGCAGAGGUGGAGCGCCGCUAUGUAUGGUUUUCCUUCUCCCCGUGCGGCCCCCUCCGCCGGCCGGACCGUGCUUUCCUCAGUCGAGGCGUGAAGGAGCGAGAGGAGCAGGGCGAAAUAAAGGAUGCAUGCAAAAGUGGGAUUUCUGGGGACAACUCGGGACCACUGAUGGACCUUUUUCUUGAAUCUUCACAUUUCCUCUUGUAACCUUUCUCAGGCCCAGUGUGACCUUUGCGACUAUCAACUCCAACCGCAGUUUUGGGACUCUUAGGAGCUUGUGGACGCUGCAGUUGUGGACAAUGCUUUCCCUCUGGUUGUUCCUGCUCCCGUGCCUGGGCCUGGUGCCCGUGGCCCCGGCCGAGAAGGGCCUCGAGUUCCCGCAGUACGACGGCAAAGACCGGGUUCUCGACAUCAACGACAAGAACUACAAGAAGGCCUUGAAGCAGUACAACAUGCUGUGCCUGUUCUACCACGAGCCCGUGGCGGACAACAAGGAGCAGCAGAAACAGUACCAGAUGACCGAGCUGGUGCUGGAGCUCGUGGCUCAGGUCAUGGAGGACAAAGACAUUGGCUUCGGAAUGGUCGACUCCCAGAAAGACGCAAAGGUGUCGAAGAAACUAGGCCUGGAAGAGGAAGGCAGCGUGUACGUGUUCAAGGCCGAUCGUGUGAUUGAGUUUGACGGCUGGCUCUCUGCUAACACGCUGGUGGAGUUCUUGCUGGACGUAUUGGAGGAGCCCGUGGAAGUGAUUGACAACGCUCUGGAGCUGAAGGCCUUUGACAGGAUGGAAGAGGACAUCCGCGUUAUCGGUUACUUCAAGGGCGAGGACUCUGAGCAUUACGAUGCCUUCAAGGAGGCCGCGGAGCAGUUUCAACCCUACAUCAAGUUCUUCGCCACCUUUGACAAGUCUGUGGCCAAAGAGCUGACCCUGAAGCUGAACGAAGUGGACUUCUACGAGCCCUUCAUGGAGGAGCCCGUCACCAUCCCGGGGAAACCGCACUCCGAGGACGACCUGGUCAACUUCAUCAACGAGCGCAGACGGCCCACUUUGCGAAAACUGCGUGCAGAGGACAUGUUUGAGACCUGGGAGGACGACAUCGAGGGCAUCCACAUUGUAGCUUUUGCAGAGGAGGAGGACCCGGAUGGUUUUGAGUUCUUGGAAAUCCUGAAGGAGGUGGCCCGGGACAACACACACCUGCCUGAGCUCAGCAUUGUGUGGAUUGACCCUGACGACUUUCCCCUGUUGAUCCCCUACUGGGAGAAGACCUUCAAGAUUGAUCUGUUCAGACCGCAGAUCGGAGUCGUCAACGUUACAGAUGCCGACAGCGUGUGGAUGCUGCUGGACGACGACGAGGAGCUUCCCUCGCCUCAGGAGCUGGAGGACUGGAUCGAAGACGUCCUCUCUGGAAAAAUCAACACAGAAGAUGACGACGAUGACGACGAUGGUGACGACGACGACGAAGACGAUGAGGAUGAUGACGACGACGAUGACGAUGAUGAUGAUGAGUAAUCCCCAUCUUUGACACAGUAGAUUCUCAUAACUCGAGCGUCGGCAAUUCCAUUACAGAACAUGUGGACAGUGAUAAUACGCAUAAUCAUACUUGUAUUUUCAAUACAGUAAACACACUUUUUUGAGGUUUGGUGAUUGAUAAUACGUCACAUUGCUCAUGGCAGUCAUAAAUACAAACUAAUCUGUCAAUAAUAACACAGUAAAACGUAUCUCAAGCAAACAUGUUUCACCUCAAUUUGCACUCACUGUUAAUAAAUCAACCUGGGUGCUU